CUAUAAAUUGCCCCCUGAAAUGAGCACAGUGUUAGUUCAUUCUCCUCUUCACCAAAGAUGGAUCAACAAGUCUCUUUUGUGCUGCUUUUCAUUCUUUUCACUGGAGGAUACUCUCUACAAUGUAACUUGUGCAUACAAAACCUUACGGGUUCUUGCGAAGAAACUACAGUAACAUGCCCCAGUGGAUUUUCCCAGUGUAUGAGUUCAAAAUUCGAAAUAACUGGUGAAUCUUCUAUGAAAAUGAAAAUAAAGAGUUGUACUCUGCCAUAUGCUUGUCAACCUGCAUUUCUGAACUUCGACACCAUUAAGAUUUCUACUUUGUGCUGCAACACUGACCUCUGUAAUAGCCAAGAUGCUCCAGAUCCCAUCUCUACCCCCAAUGGGAAGCAGUGUUACUCUUGCAAUGGACCAAACUGCGCAAAUGUAUUGCGCUGUUCAGGGAAUGAAGACUACUGCAUUAAAGCGAGAGGGAAUUUUGGCGGCGUGUCAACUACGGUAAAAGGAUGUGUCCCUAAAUCUGUCUGUGAUGCCGCAACAUCGAUUCCAAAUCUUGUAGAUGUCACAUGCUGUCAGGGGAACCUGUGUAACAGUGCAAAGAGCUUCACCCAAAGCCUCAUGCUUCUCUUGUUGCCACUGUUCUCCUACACCCUGUUUCACUGAGUUCACUGAGUUUCACAAUGUGUAUGAAGAUUGAAAAAAUACAUGUCUUUUUAUUGACUAUUAAUGAAGCAACAUAAUUUGUUUGAAAAGAAAUUAUAGCAAAAGGUUGUUUAGAUGAAAAUUCGUCAUGAAAAUGGCGAAGAAGACUUUUAACCCACAUCUGGGGUAAAAGGCCCCCAGAGUGGUUAUAGUGAUAUUGGUAAAUGUAGGGACAAUAGUUAUACUGCAAAAUUUGUCAACUUAGGCAAAUACUUUUGAUGUUUUUUUGAGUAACAAAUUAAAAUAAUGCUGACUCAUUGUGA